AGAAAGUGCUGCUUUGUGAAUGAAGGGAGCGGCGGAGGACAGAAAACAAACUUUACCAACAUUAUUUCCGACGGGUAACGAUUUACACACAAAACCGGAAGGUUUCGACGGUGCAACAGGCGGCACCUGGACGAGGAGGAGCAAGAAAAAUAACCCCCGAAGCUGCCAUUUGUUGAGGCAUUUCAGAGAAAAUCAUGGUGGUGAGUUUUGCCUUUCUCGCCUCUCUCUGCCUGGUGGUGGUAGUGAGUGGCGAACCCUGCCUCAUCAUCAGUGAGAUCAACGCCGACAAUCCGAGACUGGACACCACUGAGUUUGUGGAGCUGUAUCACACCAGUGGACAACGGGCUUCGCUGGAUGGCUACACCCUCGUCUUCUAUAAUGGAAAUGGAAAUAUAGCCUACAAGGUGUUGGACCUCAAAGGCCAGAGCACAGAUGACAGAGGAUUCUUCCUGGUGGGCUCAGUGGACAUGCUGCCCAAACCUGCCAUCCUCCUGCCUCCCAACACAGUCCAGAACGGCCCAGACGCCAUCGUCCUCUACCACACAUCUGCUGCUCGCUACAGCGAGAAAAUGAAUGUCACAGCUCUCGGGCUGGUGGAUGCUGUCGUGUACAUGACUCGUCGUACUGGGGGUGCGGAGUUCCUCGCUGAAAUUCUGACACCUGGAGAACCGGCCUUCGUCGAGGAUGAAACAGCACUUGAGGGGGACGAGUCAAUCGAAAGGUGCCUGCUGUCUGAAGAUCGCUGGGGCUUUCAGGUGUCCUCGCCAUCCCCGGGUCAGCGAAACAACUGCACCCCACCUGCUGAUCCAGCAGCCAAUCCUGUCAUUACCGAGGUGAAGCUGGGGGGAGGACAGGUGGAUGGGUUUGUGGAGCUGACAGACUCCCCGGCUGCAGGUCCGCUGGUGCUGGUAGUGUUGGAUGGGAAAACAGACAGGGUCAGUGUGAGUGUGGACGUGGAUGUGGAGACUCCCAAGAACAUGCUGAUCUCCAUAGAUAGGAACUACAUGAAAGGAGAUGAGUCUGGGGCGGUGGCCAUUUAUAGCGGCAGGGCAUCGGACUUCCCCGUGGGCAGUCCACUGAGCCAGAUACAGCCUUUAGAUGCGUUUGUGUUCGCUGGACCUGGAAACAAGCCGAGUGCCAACCUCACUGAGACUCUUAUCCCAGGCAGGCUGCCAUACCAACUCAGCAACAGUUUGAGAGAGGGAGGUUUCUAUCUGAGUCGCUGUGGCGUGGCCUCCUGGGCCAGAGAUCCCGGAGUCUUCUGGGAGGCCCCGCAAACUCCUGGGCUCCCCAACCAGUGCCCCUGGCCGAAGAUCUGCCCUCACAGUGGUGUGCUUCCAGGAGGUACAGAGUCACCGCCUCACCUCCCACCAUGGGGGAACAGUGACUUCCUGAUCAAUGAGCUGAACACCGAUACACCUGGCGCGGCUGAGGAUGGCGAAUACAUUGAGCUUUGGCACCCAUCAGGUCGCCGGGUGUCCCUGCAGGGGGUCUGGAUACUGCUGUUCAGUGCACACAACAACAAACCCUACAGGGAGAUCAGCCUGAGUGGACACUUCACCACUGCUAAGGGUUACUUUCUGCUGGGCAGUGACAGGCUGGUCCCAGCUCCAUCACUUCGCCUGCCUCCCAAUACCAUCCAGAACGGGCCAGACGCUGUGGCCCUCUACCGCAGCCCCUUUGGGCCACCAUCAGCUGCACAAAGGGGGAUUCCCACUAAAGGCCUGCUGGAUGCUGUGGUGUACCGGCAGAGGGGAUCAGAUAAAGAUGCACAGGAGCUGAGUAAAGCUCUGACCCCGGGACAGCUGCCUCUGUUGGAGGAUCCAGAGGUUCUGCCCGGUGAUGAGGCUCUGAGCCGCUGUCGAGGCCUUUACCCCUAUGACUUGUCUGCUUUUUCAGUGGCUCCACCCACCCCUCUGAAGGAGAACAGCUGCCCCCGUCCACCUCCACCCCCCGAGGGUGUGGUCAUCAGUGAGGUGGCUAGUGGCCACUGGACCAAUCACAGCCAGCAGAGGGCCUUUGUGGAGCUGCAUGGGCCCCCCAUGACAGACCUGCGAGGCUUGGUGCUCACUGUGUUCGACGAAGGUGUCAGCGGGACCGUCAUUGCCCUUCCUUUGACUGGAUCUGUUGAUCAGGAUGGAUUUUACAUUGUUGGAAAUGUCACUGGAGCAGAUCAGACUUUCCCGGAGGGCUCCACGGUGCCGGUACGAGGAGCGGUAGUCCUGUGCUAUGACCUGUUCAGUGUUUGCAGAGCUGGCACUGCUCUGACCAACUCUAGUCUCAGAGAUGUACUUGUGUUCAGCGAAAACCAGCAGCUGCUUUCCUCUCUGUCCACCACCAGAGGGAGACAAGUGAUUCCAGCUCUUAGGUCAGUAGGAGACGGUCCUGUCUCGCUCAGCCGGUGUUCAUGCUGUGAGGUGAGAAGCCCCUCGUCCUGGACGAGCUCCUCCCCGACGCCUCACAGCGCCAACCUCUGCCCGAGCCCCGCCUUUUCAAGUCAAAUCGACCUUUGCCUCGGACCCCUGUCCUCUGACUGGCAGGAGCCGUCAGGAGACUGCAGUGGUCUGAUACAGGGGAAGAGGGUCGCUGAGGUGGCCGACUACCUGGAGAAGAAGUGUCACUGUGGCAUCUCUGCCUUGUAUCUCCAAGGGGCCAACUUUUCUUGCAUGUCUGGGUGGCUGCGAGUGUGGGGGAACAUCCAGGCCCUGUCGGACCAUCAGAAGGCCCUCAUCAUCCAGACGUCGCACAUGAAUCCUUCAUCUGUUCAGGGAGACGUCUGCUCUUCUCCCACCACGGACCGGUACACAAGCACAGCGUCUACCCUAGGAUUACAGAUAGGGCUGAUAAUAGCAGUGCUCCUGCUGCUGGGACUAGGAGCUGCUCUUUUCACAUAUUUCUACAGGAGGAGGCGUCCUCUGGACUAUUACACCAUGGAGCUGAGCGAACAUGCAGAGGGACUGUCAGAUCUAUAAUCCAGGCUUUUAAUCAUUGUGUCUUCAUCUGGAAGUGCUCGUGUGGGAGGGAGGACUUCAGCAGAGAGAGCGAGAGAUAGGGGUAAUCAGAGGUUAAUUUGACCUGUGCGUAACUGAUUGUGUGGUUGUUUUGAAACGAAAUGCCACCACAAGUGUCCUUCUCUGUGUCUUUGGGAGAUCACUGAUGAAAAUGACUUGUAGUCUGUCUGUUAACAGUGUGAUUGCAUCCAGUGCGUGACAUGUAAUAUUUCAUGGCACCGGUGACACUUACGACAUCAAAUCAGGCAGCCCAUGAGUUAAAUUUCAAAACACAAAAUAAUAUCUUUUUUAGUGUACAACCUUUGCCUGUGAACUUUGCUGGUUACUACUUUUAAAGGAAAAGGAAGGUGGUGUAAAAGGGAGGAUUUGUUUUUUUCUAAUACUUGAGUCCUAAAAGGUCAUUUUUGUUGACUUGUUUCUGUUACUGUGGAAAAAGCCUGUAAAUUAAAAAAAAACAAAAAAAACAUUGAUUAUAUGAUUUACGCAGGAAGCGCUAUCAGUCUAACUCAAUCGAACUUCCCAUCAUCACAUUCUCA